AUGGAUACAGAUUACCCCGCGUCUCGUUCCACUUCCACAACUUCCUCUCUGGACCCUUACUAUUUCGGUCUCCAAUCGGGCUCUGAGUCACCUUAUCCUCCUCCUUUGCCAACUGCGCCGUCUCUGAGGGCCACUCCAGAGAGCAGACCUAUCCCAGAACCCGUCACUCCUGCAAGGGAUCCCGCCAACAUCGAUAGGCGAGGCUUGGUCGGCGUAGGAGAACUCGCUACUCCUCGAUGGACGCGCAGCAAUAGUGACAGCGAGGAGAAGAUUUCUAUUCCCGAGGCUCUUUUGGAAAAUGAACCCUACCAGGUCGUCGAGGCGGCGGAUGCCACAGAAGAUGAUGUACCAGACAGCCCAUGGACAAUUGAGGCCGUAGAUGGCGAGUCUUCCGAAAAAGAAGAUGUCGUCAAUACGGCGCCAAUCUCUCGCCCUCUCCGGGCGCGACCCUCAAUAACUGAGGAGAGCGGAGGCGAAGAAAUCCUGUACCCUCGAAAAGUAACUGCACCAGCACCAAAGCUUCCAAAGCCGACGUUUGGCGCCAGCUUCGCUGACGAGCUCUCACCCCAAGUGCCUGAGUUGUCCCUUUCUGAGUCUAGUUCCCCUCCUAGCGCCUUUUCACCUCCAAUUCGUAGAGCGAAGAAGCGUAGUUCAGACGAGUUUGAGCUGGAUCAGACAGGUUCUCUUGUGUCCAAGCAUGUCGGCGCUUCGGGCUCGUCCAAGGCUAAGGAGGAGAAGCCGUCAACUCGUCGCCAUCGUAGCCUCAAUUCGGGGAACAUUUCAACACGAGAAUCAAAGACUAGAAAAAGAGAAAGCAUCGGCCUUUCCACUGGUAGUAGCGUGAAGAGCACCCCUCCUGCGAAAGAGAAGCAUACGCGACAAGCUUCCGCUAGUUCAUCAUCCUCGAGCCAUACUGAUGUACAUCCGCGGCGUGUUCAUACUACUGAUUUCUCCCAUCUUCCCCCAUCGCCUUCCUCUUCGUCGAUCCAGCUAUUUCUUCGACAGGCGAGUAGCAAUGGCCCGCAUACGCCGCCUCUGGGUGCAACGCGAGAACCACAUCUCUCACAUAACUCUGCCAACGUUGCUCAUUCGUUACUUCGAGGAACCCAGGAGGGUUGGUCGGGUAUGGACGAUGAGGCUACGGCUGAGGCAUUACGCAAGCUGGAUGGUUUGUCUGGGCGCAGUGCUCGGACAAGGGCAAGUGUCGGUAGCCUUGGUCGUCCUCUCAGUCUCAGUCGGCCUGGAAGCCGACCUGGGACUCCGGCCAAGACUGCCAACCAAUGGGAAGGUGCUGGAGAGGGCAAACCUAACCGUACAGCAAGCACCGCGAAAGAAAGAGAUCUAGCUCAACGUCAGCUUUUGGGCCUUGGCUUACAUCCGCCAGAAGAUUCCCUUCUUGAUGUCGAACCCAUUGGAAGUGCUAUUAGCAGUGAUGAGCAGCAACCUCCUUAUCCCCACCUUGUGGAGAAGACGCCUAAAAAGAACGGUACUGGGAGUGCCCGAUCCAGUUUCACACCCAAGCGUGGCUCUGCUUCGUCGACCACGUAUGGGAGCACUCCGACAACCAGCUCACGGGAUUCUGCACAGAUGUCUGCGGCCACUAGUGCAACAUCUGUUUCAGCCACUUCUUUGCGCAAGGCGCGUAGAAACAGCGCAGGCAGUGAUAUUUCCAGCGUACAUUCAAGUGACGCCACUUCGCUCAAGGAUCGUGUAGCGUCACUGGCCGUAAAUGGUGAUACUCAAGAUGAUGCCGACGUUCCUCCGGUGCCACCUUUACCGAAAGAUUUGUUGUCUACUUACAGGUCACCACCUUCAACAGCUGCCGGUGUGAACUUCCCGUCUCCAGCUAUUCCGGAAGACAAAGACAAACGGAUCAGCCAUGAGCACGCUGGUAGUGAUCGACUCGAGAUACCUAACGUGAAUCCUUCAUUAGAAGCGUCCCCGGUCCGACGGCAGAGCCAGCACAAUUCAACAGGAUACACGAGUAGCGCCGUGAAUUCGGCUCCUGAAUCGACCCCCGUUGUUCACAAGACGCCAUCCAAGAAAUGGAGUUUCUCUAAUGCACUGAAUCUCAUGUCGGGCUCGCCUUCCUCCUCUAGCCAUAGAUCUAGCGGCUUCCCGCUCAGUCCUCGAGCCGUCACCUUCGGUCAGCAGAUACGCAGAUCCACUUCUAAGGAUCAGGCGUUAUCGCAGUCUGUACCUCCCAGCGCCCCUUGGUCCCCUACGCAACCGGACGCGAUGGCUUCGGCCUCAUCCCUCGCCUCUUUGUCGUCCAUAGGGUCUGUGCGUACACCAGCACCGGCACCCCCGUCCAAGACUCAGACUCCCGAACGGGGUGCUGUUCCAAGCCGAUCAGGUACAGAUUCAAGCGCAAGCACAAGCCAUACGUUCGCAUUGGCCGCACCACAAGCGCCAUUAAGUCCUUCUUCGUCUGUUCGACGCGGUCAAUCCAAGCGACUCACGCCUUCUUCUAUCCCCUUCUUCCGUAGGUCAUCAUCUCAGUCAAUGCAGUUGCCCCCGUCGAAUAUCGUGACGUCCUCGUCUCCAACGCUCCCAGGCAAUUCCACUAUAAUGCCGACCCCCAAGCAUAGUACUUCUCCGGGUUUAGACUACAACCCUCCGUCAACCUCUGCUCAUAAGAAGUCAUCCAUGUUGAGUUUAGGUCUUCCUUCAUUACUGAAAGGGUCAAGUUCAAGGAAGAGUCUCCACAGCGAUUCGAGAGAGUCUGUGAAAGAUUCGCCUCGGAAGGACUCGGAGAAGGCGCGGUUAGAAAAGAAGAAGGAAGACAAGGAGCGGAGUGAGAGUAGGAUCUCGGUGCUCAUGGGUAGGAAGCGGGGCAAGACAGUUUCCUCUACGGAUCCCCGGAAACCGAAGUCCCCCGUUAACUUGCCACCAAUGCAAAUGUCAGCGCUAGAACCAGCAACGGCCCAGCGCGUUGCACGACUGAAAGCCUCCAACUCAUCUUCAAUGUCGACCCCAGCUCGUGGAACCUCAUCUCGAGUGACUGCUCAAACUGUGAGCUCUAUGCAGAAACAGUCUGAUGCGUCGCUUCGCAGCCGAAAUCAGCUACCUACCAUUGCAGGGUCGCCUUCCGUGGGGAAUGUGUCGAAGGACUCGAAAGAGCCUAUUUCAUCUUCAUUGACGAACUCAAUAUUGGGAUAUCCCAAGGAGACCCCGACGAAGAUCCCUCGCAUAUCCAGCCGAACCUCGGCGGCUCCGUCGCCACCUUUGAAAGGUUCAGUAACGCUAUCUAAUCGACGGGCGAGUAUGACGGUUAAUGCGACCCCCACCUCUGCUAACCCCUCCCCAACGGAGCUGAACGAAUUUGGUGUAAUGGAUAUAACCGGUUCAACGACCAAAGCAUCUCGCAUGCCUCGUCAAGUAUCUGGAAAUGCAUCAUCGACUUCUGGUAUCCUCCCGCGCAAGAGUAAUCCGUCUACCUCAUCUGUGGCAUCUCUCUCAGCGUCUGCAGCUGCAACUGCAACAGAUGCAUCAGCGUCUCACCAUCAUCACCGGUUCUCUGCGCUCUCGCCCUCCAAAGGCCUCAAGCUUCUCAGUCCGAAGAUCUCACUCCCCACUGCCCGAUCCUCGAAUAGCACAAGCACGCACAACAUACAUCAGGCUAUAGCAUCUGCGUCAUCGAGUCGGCAGUCGCUAUCCACACCCUCUCCGGCGCCUAGUUCUGUCGAUGAGGAGGAGCUUCUUGGGGACGAGGAAAUGAUGCAUUACAUCAAGCGACAGCAAGCGAAGAAGAUAGCUAAUGGUGCGACGCAGGAAGAAUUGGAUGAACUGCUUCGCUUUCCAGAACCUUUACCUCCGGGAAAGCCUUCUUCCCCCUCAUCCAUUAUUAAAGGGUCUCAAGGUCAAUAUCUCUCUGAGUAUGAGCGCAAAGAGAUCCUGGAUUUCCCUUCGGUGUACUGUAUCGGCGCACGAAGUAAAAAGAAAAUGGCAACUCCGGACAACUCUUCUAACAAUUACGGCUACGACGACGAGCGGGGCGACUACCAGGUCGUCAAUCACGAUCAUUUGGCAUACCGGUAUGAAGUUAUCGACACGUUAGGGAAAGGUUCAUUUGGACAGGUGCUUCACUGCCGCGAUCACUGUUCUGGCGAGUCGGUCGCGAUCAAGAUCAUUCGGAACAAGAAACGGUUUCACCACCAGGCACUAGUUGAGAUCAAGAUCUUGGACAACCUUCGUAAAUGGGAUGAGGACGAGAAACAUCAUGUCAUUAAAAUGACUGAACACUUCUAUUUCCGCAAUCAUUUGUGUAUCGCGAUGGAACUCUUGAGUAUCAAUCUUUACGAGCUGAUCAAGGCAAAUGGUUUCGUGGGCUUCACUACGGCAUUGAUUCGACGUUUUACAAGUCAAAUGCUGAUGUCUCUGUCACUCAUGCGACAUCAUCGCAUCGUCCAUUGCGACUUGAAGCCCGAGAAUGUCCUACUGCGCCAUCCUGCCAAGAGUGGUAUCAAAGUAAUCGACUUUGGAAGCAGCUGUUUUGAAACCGAGAAAAUCUAUACGUAUAUUCAGAGCCGAUUCUAUCGGUCACCAGAAGUGAUUCUUGGUAUGAACUAUCACAUGGCUAUCGAUAUGUGGAGUCUGGGGUGCAUUCUCGCCGAACUGUAUACCGGGUUCCCUAUUUUCCCAGGCGAGAAUGAACAAGAGCAACUAUUGUGUAUCAUGGAAGUGCUUGGCGUUCCGGAUAAAGAUUUUGUCAACAAGAGCUCUCGUAAAAAGCUUUUCUUUGAUCCGAGUGGUGCACCUCGCCUGGUCGUUAAUUCCAAGGGACGCCGUCGUAGACCGGGAUCAAAAACUCUGGCUCAAGUGCUACGGUGCAAUGAUGACGAUUUCGUCGACUUCAUCUCCAAAUGUCUUGUUUGGGACCCCGAGCGGCGUAUCAAACCAGCUUCAGCUUUACGACAUCCUUUCGUCACCGGAGGUCGACGGCCUAAAGUACUAACAUCAACUUCAAAGAGUACACUGUCUACGCCAAGUCUUAGCGGCCGUAGGAAGGAUACGACAGAAACUCCCAAGAAAUCUCUUAUUAGCGCUCCGACACCUCUCACUGCACGAUCAUCACGAACUACUGGCAGUAACGCCGCACCGCCUACCCCGAGUAGCUCCUCUCAUGCCUCGACACUCGGUACUUCAAGAUCGUAUCGAGCUUCUCAACCUCAGAGCCUUUCAUCUUAUCAUUCGAGUCGUACCCUCAAUGGAUAUGCUAUAAAAUCAUACUAA